AGCCAGCAAGGAAACUAAAUCACAAUGUUAGAGUUCAGCUGUAAUGCAACAACCUGCAGUGGAUCAGCAGGCAAAAGAAGCUGUCUCUUGGUGCCUAUAGAAUACCACAGAAACGUCCUGCCUUGGAUCUACGUCUGCGUGGCAGUCUUAGGCUUCCUGACCAAUGUGGCGGCCAUGCUACAGCUCUGUCGCCUGGAGAAGACGGCCACCGUCAUCUUCACACUCAACAUAAUGGUGUCGGACCUGAUCGUGUGCUGUAGCUUCGCCAUCAGGACGGCCUACUACAGAAAGAGCUUGCAUUGGCAUGCCGGCUCCGGGCCCUGCGUCGCCGCCGAGUUCUUUAUGGCCUCUGGCUUCUACAUCAACCUCUACUGUAAUAUGGGCUUCUUCCUGUGGAUUAGCAUCAGCCGCUACACCACGGUGGUGCGGCCGACCAGUAGGCUGUUCCGGGCCUUCCGGCGCCCGCGGUUUUUCUGGGCUGUCUGCCUCGUCACCUGGAUACUUGGGAUCGCACUUGUCUGCAGCAGCGUGGGAUAUAAAGCAAAGCUGAGCUCUGCUGUAAAAGAGACCGUGUCCUGCUUCGACCAGGUGGCGAACUUCAGGAAGCAGGAGCUGGACGGCGUGCACGCCGCGGGCGUGGUCGUCUUCUUCUGCGUCCUCGCCGCGAUGUUGCUCAGCUACGGCCUGCUGAUCUUCCACUUGCAGAGGGUACGAAAGCGGAGCCUGGUGGGUGCCGGCCUCGGCCCCGGGGGAGGGCUGCGAGUGCGCAGGAAGAUCCUGGCUUCCAUGUUGCUUUUCAUUGCCUGCUUCCUGCCCUACCACGUGCAGACGGUCAGGGUGAUGUCGGGCCCCAGGGACUGCGAGAAGGAACAGGCCGGCUUCGGGGCGAAGACGCUGACCGUCCUGGUGGCGGCGUUCAACAGCUGCCUGCAUCCUGCCUUGCACCUGUUCUUCCACCUGCCCUGUUGCCGUGCCCAGCGCAACGUGCGGGCCCCUCCGAGACCGGAGGGCUCGCAGAUCCACGCCAUCAGUCACAUGCACACCGGGAACGGGUCCCAAAAUGCUAAAUAGGAGUGCUGGUAAAUAAUGGAAAACCAAUUAUUGCAAGCAAACCUGCUCUGCUUUACACAUUCCUGAUUGUUUUAUUCAUUUAACGACACUUUUCUAAAGACACUAUAUCAUUCAUGCUCUAUAUAACGUUUUUUUUUUUUUUUUAUU